CCUGUGUGUACAACCUCAUUUGCCACCGUUACCACCACAAUUACUAAUAAGUCGCUGUACUCCAUGCAGCCCAGACACCUUAAAGGGCGUGUCUAACGCCCUUUUGGUAAUGACGUGCUCAAGCAAUUGCGUCGUCGUGUGAUGUAAGUCGGAUUGAUUUGGAAGCUAUCUAUGCUUUGAAAUCACCAAGAAGCGUGUUAUGGUCUGAUAUAUAUUCCAAGAGUCUCACCUUAGACCACCUCCUAUUCACUGUUUAAAGCUAUCUCCCCAAGCAUAGUUUCUGUGCAAGUAAUUCCGUCUGACAAGUCUCGUUGAUACUGUAAUUGCCUUCCUGCCAUUCCCGUUGCCAUCUAAAGUCAGCCCUCAAGCGCUGUCAACCACACCUCUCUCAAGCAUCUCCGGUUUCGUCCGCCCCCUAUCCUCACCACUCCUCCCGGCGUUGCACAAGCGCACAGCAACCAGCUACACCCCAUCAGUCCAAAUGGCGAUCUCAUCGCAGGUUCCGCGCGGCCCAGUCAAGGCCGAGCUCAACUACUUCAAGGACCCCUCCGACGGGGCCAAGCCCUUCAACUACGUCGAGACCCCGCCCGAGGGCGAGCCGCAGCACAACUACGGCAAGGAGACCCACGAGGUGACCAUCCACGACGCCCGGGGCCGGGAGUCCGAUUUCACCCUCGACGAGGACUCCUUCGCCAUCAUCCGGGACGUGCCCCCUUCGGCGGAGCGCGACUUCACCUCCGACGCCUCCAUCCAGGCGAACUACUACCCGGAGCUCGAGAAGCUGCUCCUCGCGCACGUCCCCGGCAGCACCAAGGUGGUCUUCUUCGACCACACGAUCCGGCGCGCCGACCCUUCCGCGGAGCGCGGCCCCGUGCAGCGCGUCCACGUCGACCAGACGGCCACGUCGGCGGCCCUGCGCGUGCGCCGCCACCUGCCCGCCGGCGAGGCCGAGCGCCUGCUGGCCGGGCGGUACCGGAUCGUCAACGUGUGGCGGCCGCUGAACAAGGCGCCCGUCGAGUCGUUCCCGCUCGCGUUCGCGUCGUCGUCGACGCUGCGCGACGAGGACGUCGUCCCCGUCGAGCACCGCUACCGCAGCGGCUAUACCGGCCAGACCGCCGCCAUCAGGCACGACCCGGGCCAGAAGUGGUACUACCUGAGCGGGAUGACGGGCGACGAGAGGCUGCUGCUGCAGUGCUUUGAUAGCGAGUCCCUGAAGGAGGGGACUGCCGUCAAGGGCGGGAGGGUCCCCCAUACUGCCUUUGUGGACCCGAGGACCCGCCCCGACGCCGAGGGCAGGGAGAGCAUUGAGGUGAGGGCCUUGGUCUUUGGCCCUUGAGCUGCCGGGCCCCUUACCCGCGGUGGAUUUGGAGUGAUAACGGCCGCAUGGUUUUAUAUAUGGUGAACUUGCAUCCUUGAAUUAUGGGUAUUGGUCAGUCGCAUGGGAAUGGGAGCGGGUUUUGGUUUGCAUUGGUCUGUUCAUGAGAAGUAAUACUAUAUUGAUUCGCUAAGCAUAUCAACGAGGCAAGUCGCCUCGCAUACCAAAAUAUGAAGAGGAAUGCAAGCAUGUGAACAGCAUAUGCACGAUUGAAAGCAAUCGAAACUCCUCCCGGCAUCCAGUCAAGUUGUUCACAAUCCGCCGCUAUCGAUCCUGGGUCAGAGCGGUUCUCCUCC